GCGGUACAGCAGGCAGGGCUCCAGCAGUUGGUCGGUAUGUAGCAGCGGCGGAGCUUCUGCCCGGGAUUACAAAGAGGGAAAAACGCGCCUUGGAUAGAAAAUAUCACCAACGGGAUUAACAAUAAAACCACCCGAGGAUGAGACACACACCGUCCGCCUGAAGGAGACUAAAACACGCCGUUAUUCCGCUGAAUUAUCACCGUUUUUUACGAAAAUGGCGAACGAGUCCCCGGCCAAAAGUCUGGUGGAUAUAGACCUAGCAUCCCUGAGGGAUCCUGCUGGGAUCUUCGAGUUGGUGGAAGUGGUCGGAAAUGGCACAUAUGGACAAGUCUACAAGGGUCGACAUGUCAAGACGGGACAACUGGCGGCCAUCAAGGUCAUGGACGUCACGGAGGACGAAGAGGAAGAAAUCAAGCUGGAAAUCAACAUGCUGAAGAAGUACUCCCACCAUAGAAACAUAGCCACCUACUACGGAGCCUUCAUCAAGAAGAGUCCUCCGGGCCACGACGACCAGCUUUGGCUGGUGAUGGAGUUCUGCGGCGCCGGUUCCAUCACAGAUCUGGUGAAGAACACUAAAGGCAACACACUGAAGGAGGACUGGAUCGCCUACAUCUCCCGAGAGAUCCUCAGGGGAUUAGCUCACUUGCAUGCUCAUCACGUCAUCCACCGUGACAUCAAGGGACAGAACGUGCUUCUGACUGAAAACGCUGAAGUCAAACUGGUGGACUUCGGGGUGAGUGCUCAGCUGGACCGCACGGUCGGUCGGAGGAACACCUUCAUCGGGACGCCGUACUGGAUGGCUCCAGAAGUCAUCGCUUGUGAUGAAAACCCCGAUGCAACCUACGACUACCGGAGUGACCUGUGGUCCUGUGGAAUCACAGCCAUAGAGAUGGCUGAGGGAGCUCCCCCUCUGUGCGACAUGCAUCCAAUGAGAGCCCUCUUCCUCAUCCCCAGAAACCCUCCUCCUCGACUCAAGUCCAAAAAAUGGUCGAAGAAGUUCUUCAGCUUCAUCGAGGGCUGCCUGGUGAAGAACUACACUCAGCGCCCCCCCACUGAACAGCUGCUGAAGCACCCUUACAUCCGGGACCAGCCCAACGAGAGGCAGGUCCGCAUCCAGCUCAAAGACCACAUCGACCGGACCAAGAAGAAGAGGGGCGAGAAGGAUGAGACGGAGUAUGAAUACAGUGGCAGUGAAGAAGAGGAGGAGGAGGCGUCUGAGCAGGAAGGAGAGCCGAGCUCCAUAGUCAACGUGCCAGGAGAGUCCACUUUGCGCCGCGACUUCAUCCGGCUGCAGCAGGAGAACAAGGAGCGCUCGGAGGCGCUGCGCCGCCAGCAGCACCUCCAGGAGCAGCAGCUCCGCGAGCAGGAGGAGUACAAGCGGCAGCUCCUGGCCGAGAGGCAGAAACGUAUCGAGCAGCAGAAGGAGCAGAGGAGGCGGCUGGAGGAGCAACAACGGCGUGAGCGCGAGAUGAGGAGGCAGCAGGAGCGGGAGCAGCGGCGCCGCGAGCAGGAGGAGAAGAGACGCGUGGAGGAGAUGGAGCGACGCCGCAAAGAGGAGGAGGAGCGCAGGAGGGCCGACGAGGAGAAGAGGAGGGCUGACCGAGAACAGGAGUACAUCCGUCGUCAGCUGGAGGAGGAGCAGAGGCACCUGGAGAUCCUGCAGCAGCAGCUGCUCCACGAACAGGCCAUGCUGCUGGAGCAUAAAUGGCGGGAGCUUGAGGAGCAGCGCCAAGCCCAGAAGCUCCAGAGGCAGCUGCAGCAGGAGCAGGCCUACCUGCUGUCCCUCCAGCACAACCCGAGCCUGGAGAGUAACAAAACGUCCCAGCGGCAGAGCACCAAAGCCCCACAGAACGAUGAGCAGGACAGAGUAAAGAGCUCUGAGCCGGACUCAGCAGAACUACAGCUGCAGAGCAGAGACUCUGAGCAGACCAGUCAAAAUCUCAGUCUGGAGAAAACUGCAGAACCCGAGCUACCUGUGGCUGACCGGCAAGGCCCCGCCCCUGACUCUGAGCCAAUCAGAGAGGCGGACGAGCGAUACCGGAAGAACAUCCAGGGUUCUCCUCAGGCAGCUCAGAUCAAACCACCGCAGCCCCCGGUGCCACCGCGCUCCGAGUCCUCCCACCCUAAUGGGAACGCGGCAUCUGAGGCGCCCGCCGUGCACCGGCCUGUGGAACCACAGGUCCGUUCCCACGUGGCUGCUUUAAAGAGCAGCGUGGCCUCGUCAAACUCCUCCGCCACCACCCUGCACCCCUUCGGCGAGCCGCUCGCCCCUAGCUUUGACAACCUUCGCAACAGCCAGGAACACCAUCACCCUCCAUCUUCAUCACCGCCCUCAUCAUCAACGCCUGCACGCACUGACCCGCAACCCACCCCCCAGCAUAGGGCCCGUGAACCGGCCCCUUCAGCGGAGGUCCCGCCCAGGGUUCCUGUAAGGACUACAUCAAGGUCCCCGGUGUUGUCAAGGCGAGACUCGCCUCAUCACCACGGCAACGCCUCACACGGCAGCCAUGCUGUGCACCGCCCCGCUGCCAGUGCGGCAGAGCCUCGGCUGCUGUGGGAGCGAGUGGAGAAACUGGUUCCCAGACCAACCAGUAACAGCGGCAGCGGAGGCUCCAGUUCCUCCAGCAGCUCCAGUAACUCCAGCUCUCAGCCCGGUUCUCACUGUGGCUCUGGAGAAAGAUUCAGGGCCCGCUCCUCCUCCAAAUCUGAGGGCUCGCCCCUCCAGCGGCCAGAGAAUGCUGGGAAAAAACCAGAGGAGAGGAGGGACUUGGUCAGGCCAAGCAGACCAGCGGACCUGACGGCUCUGGCCAAGGAGCUGCGUGCAGUGGAUGACGUUCGCCCCCCAAAUAAGGUGACAGAUUAUUCAUCCUCCAGUGAUGAUUCGGACACCACUGAUGACGAUGACGACGAAGAGGUGGACCAGGAGGCAGGCGAAGAGUCGACCUCUGGCCCGGAGGACUCCAGAGCUGUUUCCUCCAGGCUGAGCAACGGAGAGACGGAGUCAGUGAAAACCAUGAUCGUUCAUGAUGAAGGCGAGAGCGAUGCAGGCUCAACGCCCUGCAAAGACAGCACGCUGAUCGUCAGACAGAGUGCAGGUGACAACAGAAAGCGUCCGAGCCCCGGCCCGGGCCAAGCUCAGACCCCCGGCCCGCUUGCAGGCUUUGCCCCAAGUCCUGGCUCGGCGUCGAGCCCGGGCCUCGGCCACCACACCCCCAGCCCCCAUCAUCACCACCACCACCACCACCAUCACCCCACACAGCACUCGGACAGGAACGGCUUUGCUGGCCGCAUCCAUCACCUCCCAGACCUGAUCCAGCAGAGCCACCAUUUCCCCCUCCCCUCCUCCUCCGCAUCCAACUCACCUUCCUCCUCCAGCCUUGCCAGCCCCUCCACCAUGUCCCCCCAGAGUCCCCUGGACAAGCUCAGCCUCCUCAUAGAGAGCCAGUCUAGUAACAACAUGCAGAAACACAAGUCUUCUUCCUCCUUCACUCCGUUCAUCGACCCACGCCUCCUCCAAGUCUCCCCAUCCACCGGCAGCGCCCUCAACAACAUCGGCUACGGGCCUAACGACGCUCGGCUGGCAGAGGCGCUGAGGGCCGACCCAUCUCGGAAGGGCUCCGUGGUCAACGUAAACCCGGUCAACACUCGCCCGCAGAGCGACACGCCGGAGAUCCGCAAAUACAAGAAGAGGUUCAACUCUGAGAUCCUGUGUGCUGCACUCUGGGGAGUGAACCUGUUGGUGGGAACAGAGAGCGGUCUGAUGCUGUUGGAUCGCAGCGGUCAGGGAAAGGUUUACCCUCUGAUCAGCAGACGGCGCUUCCAGCAGAUGGACGUCCUGGAGGGACUCAACGUCCUGGUCACUAUAUCAGGUAAGAAGAACAAGCUCCGUGUGUACUACCUGUCCUGGCUGCGGAACAAGAUCCUGCACAAUGACCCUGAGGUGGAGAAGAAACAGGGUUGGACCACCGUAGGAGACCUGGAGGGCUGCGUCCACUACAAUGUUGUGAAAUAUGAGAGGAUCAAGUUCUUGGUUCUGGCUCUGAAGAAUUCAGUGGAGGUCUACGCCUGGGCUCCCAAACCCUACCACAAGUUCAUGGCCUUCAAGUCUUUCGGUGACCUGGUGCACAAGCCCCUGCUGGUGGACCUCACUGUGGAGGAAGGACAGAGGUUAAAGGUCAUCUACGGCUCAAGUUCAGGCUUCCAUGCCGUGGACGUCGACUCUGGGGCCGUCUACGACAUCUACCUGCCUACACACAUCCAGACCCACAUCCAGUCUCACGCCAUCAUCAUCCUUCCCAACACUGACGGCAUCGAGCUGCUGGUGUGCUACGAGGACGAGGGCGUUUAUGUCAACACCUAUGGACGCAUCACCAAAGACGUGGUGCUGCAGUGGGGGGAGAUGCCAACCUCAGUGGCCUACAUUCGUUCCAACCAGAUCAUGGGUUGGGGGGAAAAGGCCAUAGAGAUCCGCUCGGUGGAGACGGGCCACCUGGACGGCGUCUUUAUGCACAAGAGAGCCCAGAGACUCAAGUUCCUCUGUGAAAGAAAUGACAAGGUGUUCUUCGCCUCCGUUCGGUCUGGAGGCUCCAGCCAGGUCUACUUCAUGACUCUGGGCCGAAGCAACCUGCUCAGCUGGUAGAGGUCCACGCCCCGCCCUCUUCCUCCUCCUUCUCCUCAUUGUCCUCCACCCUCGCUAACACUGGAUCUCAGAACCCACCGUCGAUGUCUUGUCAGAACCUCGGACAACCAAAAAGAGAACAAAAUCCACAACCAACCAGCCCUUUUGAAGUGUCAACCAGCCCUUUUGAAGUGUCAACAACAAUGACUUCACCUUUCCCCCGGAGCUGCAGCCGUGCUGCGCCCGAGCUCCGGGGCCGCCUGCGACACAGCGUCACAACCGGUCAAGUCACGCAGUCGUCGCCCACCCUGAAAUACCUGAAGUGAUGAAAUCAAUGAUUAAUAAAUAUAUGAAUGAAAGUAGAAAAUAAAUUAAAUGUGAAUUUAAGAAAAGGGGGAAAACUGCUUUUAGUUUCCCGCUCCGUUUUCUUGGUGCUCAUCAGAUUGCGAUGGGAUAGUUUUUAUUUUAUUUUUUAAACAUAAUUUCCGUGCCCCUGGGCGCGUCAGUCAGCUUGAGGUCUUCUAACUACUAGUACUGCUACUACUACUGCUACUACCUUCUGCAGGUCUGCCUCUUGUAAGAGAGUUCCCGCUCCGCCCGCGUUCCCGCCCUCCGCCCUUUCAUACGAGCGCUUCAUGAGGCCGGUGGGGGGGGGGGUCUGUUGUAUUAAUGCUACAGUAGUGUGUGUACAUGUACUUCUGUUCGGUCCACUUACUGCUGACAUGCUGGUUAGAGGUUGAGACUGUCAGCCGGGGGGGAAUUGUAAAAAAUCCCGGAGCCAGUGGGACGAGAGGCGAGAGGCGCCUGAUGUUUGAGGUUCUACUGUAAGUCUGAUGGAUGGGACUCGACAGGCGGGUGUGUGUGUGUGUGUGUGUGUCGUUGAAGUAUUGUGUUGUUUGGACAGGUGCUUUAAAAAAAAAAAGGGGGACGACAGAGAGAGAGAGAGAGAGAGAGAGAGAGAGAGAGAGAGAGAGAGAGAGAGAGAGAGAGAGAGAGAGAGAGAGAGAGAGAGAGAGAGAGACGCUGAAGCAGACGGAUUUCAGAAUAGUAUUUUUUGAAUUAUUACUAUUAUUAUUCCUUGAAGAUAAGUGUAACUAUGUGGAGUAAAACAUGUCUUUUAACUUGUUUUUUAAGAUUUACGCACAUCCACUCAGCUUUCACUCUGAACCCGCAGAAGAAGAAAGUGAUGUGGGUGUGGUCCAAAACAUUUAAUGAAAUACAAAAAGAAAAGGUGUCUAUGUACAAUAAAAAGUUCAUUAAAUCUUCCAGAUAGUGUCAUGUUUUUCCCCCACCAGUCAAACAUGACCACCUUUACUCGUCUCGUGCUCGGAGGUCAGCCAAUGUCUCCGAACUCGAGAAUCUCAAACUGCUGUGAAUAGUCGGAUAUAAAAUGAAAAGAGAGAGAUGAUAAAGUACAGGAGCAAGUUCAGGAUGUGCGCGUCUGGUCGGAGAGUUCAGUGUCAUCAACAAAUAGUUUUUUUUGUUAGGUGGCAGAGAGAUAAACGCUUGGUCAGCAGGUCAGCUUCAGCAGAGAAGUUUGUUUUCUGGAAGGCGAUUCUUCCAUUUCAUUAUUUCCAAAUCACGUCAUCUUUCAUUUUGUAUUAUUUGUAAGAAUGCAAUGCACUAAGUGUCAAGAAUGUAGAAAGACGUAUUACUGUGUGGUGGUCCAAGGCAUGAGAUGAUGUUUUUGCUUUGUAUCUUGUCACAAGUGAUCAAUCCUAGAUGUUCAAUUUCCAGUAAAGACAAUUGAAAGCUGCAGCAGCAGAGCCUCCAAGUCAGAUGUAGAUACUUCCUGUGGGGGGGGUGUUUUCUGGCAUCCUGCGAGUUCUGCUCGCGCCUGUCAGACGAGGACGUAAACCUGAUCAACGCUCAGACUUUUAGUGUUACUGUGACAGUAACACAAAUGGAGCAGAACCUUGUCCUCACUCGGCCCCCACUUCCUGCUCCGGCUGUUAUUUAAGUUGUCUGUAUAUGUGAAAGACUGGGCAGCGAACUGCAGCAUGCAUCUCCUUCAGGACAUCUCAUGCGCUGGACUUUCCUCGGUUUCCACAGCGACUCUGAAAGAUUGAACAUUGCUCACUGGAGAAAUGUGCAAAGGAGAGUCCAACUUGUGACCUGACGUCACGUGGGUCACGCGAGUUUACCUCGGGUGUGUUGCUCCACUGACGGUAACAAUAACACGCCGUGUUUUUGACGAGGUCACCGUCAGUAACUUUUACCUCCCUUCUUACAGAAAAGCCGAUCGGACCCCCCAAUGCUGUGUCGUCUGAGGUCUGUGUGUGCAGUAGUACCCAGUGUGUGUCUCUUAUUGCAUCAAGGCCUUGAUGAGUGGCUGUAUUGACUUCAUGGAGAAAAAUAAAUCGUGGUUAUAUUGAUAUUCUUCAUGGGCUAAAAAGAUGAGAGAGAAAGCGGUUCAUUGGACAACGUGCCGAGAAGGCAACAUUUAAAACGUGUAAACCUAUUGUUAUGAAAACCACUACUUGGAAAUCCUUCAAAAAAAAACCUAAAAAAAAAUCACUUGAAGCAUUGUGUAUUCUUAAGUUUUAGAGCUAGUCGGAAAGCUUAACAAUAGUUUCUGUUUCUGUAAGUAUGUACACGUAAAUAUGCGACUGCGGUGGUUUAAUAUUAUUACGCUCACCAUAGGUGGAGAAAUGUUUACAGAGGCAAUGUUUUGUUACACUAAUGUGCAUCACAAUAUUUAUGUUUAAUGCAUACAAGUCUUCUUUAAUUCUUUGUUUUUGAGCCCGGUUAUUAUUGGAUAUUUUCUUUUUUCUUCUUCAUCCCCCCCACCACACUAAAUAACCUACUUACAAAACAAUAACGAACACACGUGUUGUUCAUUUCAGGUAUUCACAUAGCGCUGCUUCGACGUGGAAACGUUGCAGUAAGUUCCCUGCAGGCUUGGAUGUGAGGCGACGUGUUUUCCCUCUGCUGUUUCUGCCAUGCUACUCUAACUUAUGUCCUCUCUGUGUGUGACAGGAAGUCAUGUAGUGACAGGAAGUCAUGUAGUCCUGAAGGCUUUUUUUCUUUGAAUAAACUUUAAAAGUAAUUUUAAAA